GCUAAAACAAUUCUGGGAUUUCAAGGGACACAUGGGCAUUGCAUCUUUGCAAAGACAAGAUUUUGUUGCUGCAACCUAAGUAGUAUUUCAAUAAAAACAAAAUCAAAUGAGAGGAGUAGGUGCGAUUCUCCACAGGUUCUCAAAUGGGAUCUCUUUAAAAUGCCCAACACAUUCACUUUCAAUUCAAAGGAGUGUUUUUCUUGGAAGCAUGGAUGCAUUAUUAUCAUCAAAUAGUAGCAAUUCCUCUAGUUUGUUAUUGCUAUAUGAAGAGAAACACAGGGAUAGUAGUGGCUAUCAAGUCAAGAAUGUUAGAAAGAUAUGGACUUUCCCUCCUGUUUGUAUGGGCAGGCGUUCUUGUAAAAUUGCUGGCAGAAAGGGAGCUCAAGAUGCAAAGAAGGCAAAAUUGUAUUGUAGGAUUGGGAAGGAAGUUGUAUCUGCUGUAAAGAAAGGCGGUCCAAAUCCAGAAUCAAAUACAGCUCUGGCUGCUUUAAUUGAUAAAUUCAAGGAGCUUGAUGUACCCAAGGAAAUUUUGGAGCGCAAUAUCAAGAGGGCUUCUGAGAAGGGACAAGAGGCUUUCAUUGAGAAAAUUUAUGAGGUAUAUGGUCUCGGUGGAGUUAGUAUUGUAGUGGAGGUCUCGACAGAUAAAAUAAAAAGAUCCGUGGCAGUUAUCAGAGAGGUGGUCAAGGACUAUGGAGGAAAGAUGGCAGAUCCAGGAUCUGUAUUGUUCAAGUUUAGACGUGCCAGGGUUGUGAAUAUUAAAGUCACAGAUGCUGAUAGAGAUCAGCUCCUUGGCAUUGCAUUAGAUGCUGGUGCUGAGGAUGUUAUUGAACCUCCAACAUAUGAAGAUGAUUCUGAUGAGGAUAGGUCAGAAAGCUACUAUAAAGUUGUCAGUCCAGCAGAGAACUAUGCAGCAAUAUUGUCAAAAUUACGCAAUGAAGGAAUAAGUUUUGAGACUGAUAAUGGCUCUGAGCUACUUCCCAUAACACCUAUUGAGGUAGAUGAUGAGGCAGUAGAGUUGAACAAAGUACUCAUGUCUAAAUUACUUGAACUUGAUGAUGUCGAUGCUGUUUACACGGACCAGAAGUAAUGAAAUCCCUCACUGGGUUGUUUUCUCAGUUUUUUAUUUGAAGUCUUAAUAGUGCAGGACAGCCUUUAUGGAUCUGGUCCACUCACAUGAUACAAGGCUUAUUUUGCCCACCAACUCCAUGGAAAGGUUGUAGCUGUUGCAGGAGAGUGGCAGGUUUUAUACAUUGAUUUCCAUCUUAUAGAUUAUUUGAUUACCAAAUUGAUUAGAACAGUAGCCCCACAUUUGUUUCCCCACGCUCAAUCUUUCUGCAACAACAAUGUAAAGCAUAUUCUGUGAUGUGACCGUAAGCCUGGUUUUGGGAACCCGGCAAUAACAGCUGUUUUGUCAAACCCCAGUUUCUAGAAUCAGGCCCGUUCCUUCUACGCUUGAGCUGAGCAACUUGUGCCAGGGCUAAACUAAGAAAACUUUGUCAUGUCUACUAGUUUCAUACAUGAUGAUUUGCUAGUUCCAUGUUUUAACUUCCUGACAUGAAUCCUCUGAACUCAGAUAUUCCUGUCACUGGAUUGUACCAAAACAUCCCUUUCUUGAGAGAGAACCAUUUCCUUCUCAUCCUUUUCUAUCUAAUUGUUCAAUUCGGCUCCA